AUGUCACUCGAUUGGAAACUGCCAGACCAAACCGAAGACUCACUCGUCUUUCUGAGGGUUUUCCACGCUGUAUUAGGCAUUGCCAUCUGGGAGUAUCUCUCCACCUUUGACUACGAACUGGAUAUUUGGCUCGGGAAGCGCAGGUACCUGUGGUCUAUUUGGAUCUACUCCAGCUGCCGAUUCUUUUUGAUGCUCUGGCUAUUCACUUUGGUGGUUCAGCAGAACGGUGGUAUUACAACCCAUUGCACGACCUUCUUCCUCGUUUGUGCAUUGUUUGCUUAUCUUGCUAUUGGUGCAGCAUCGGUUUUGAUUGCGCUUCGCGUCGUUGCCAUAUGGGAGCACAGGAAGCCAAUCAAGAUCCUUUCCUACGCCAUGAUCGGCGCGAGCUUCGCAUUGAACAUGAGAGAUGCAUCCUUGGUGCGCGCCAGAUACGAUAGCAAUAUAGAUGCAUGUACAGCUGUCUCUACGUACAAGUUCCUACCCAACGGGAUAGGAAUACUGGUCACAGACGUCAUUCUUGUUUCGCUGAUGCUCGUUGGUUUGCUCAGAAUGGAGGAAGCCCGCCACUCCGGGAUUGUCAGAUUUCUCUAUCGUCAGGGUUUGGUGUGGUUCACACUCGUGGUGAUCGCCGAAGUUCCGACGGUCGUGCUUGUCGCACUCAACCUGAAUGAUACUCUAACGAUUAUGUUGCACCCAUUCGAAGUUUCUGCUCUGUGCAUAUGCGCUACCAGGUUGUACCGCAGUCUUACUGACUACGAACAUAAGCCAGACAGUGUCAAUGUACCGCCCACGGCUAACUCUAGCAUUCAUUUCAACUCACGGCUGGCGGACGGCGCGGAAUGA